UUUGUGGCACCUGACCACACGACUGAACAGUAGUCAAGGUGCGACAAAACUAGGGCCUGUAGGACCUGCCUUGUUGAUAGUGUUAAGACAUUAUGUUUGGUUUGUGUUACUUUUACCCUUUUAAACAGGUUCUCCACAUCAAAAUGUGCAAAUUUGUUUUGUGUCUCAUUCUGGACAAUGGGACAAAGUGGUUUUAGGCUUAAAAUGUGUUUGAGGGCACAGAAACGGACUAAUCUGACACUGGUGUCUAGUUGGAAAGGUGUUUUGCUUGUACCAGGCCUUCAGAUGUAGAAACAAAAUGGGUCAAUCUUUGAGUUAAGUUCAUUAGUUGAGUAUGUGGGAGCAAAGGACAGUCCUUUAGACAAGACCCUUACACCGUCAUCAGAAAGGGGUUCUCCAGAAAUGUUGAUCACAGGCUUGUUCUGGUCCUGCUCCAUGUGGUUGGAUAAUCUAGCUUUCUUCCUCCCCCUCUGUGUUGGCCUCUUCCGUAUUCUCUCCACUUUGAGAACCUGCGUGGCUCCUCUUUCAGGUCUAAAAAAUCUUGGGAGGAGCCGGCCUCGCGGAGUGUCUUGGAUGAUCCUCAUCGUCACCGCUCGUAAUGUUGAAAGAAACAGAUGUGGGUGUGAUCUGAAUUCUUGCAGGGUUCUGGGGAAAGGACAAUGACCUCGUUAGUGGCCUAUGAUGAUUCUGACCAGGAGGAUGAUGACGGAGCACUCCCUCCUCUUGCCAAAUGUCCCAUGGAUGAUAUUAGGCAGUCCCAAGGAAACCAGAAAUGGUUGGAUUCUAACUUCUAUGGACCAUUAUUACCCAGUCCCCAUUACAAACAACUGGAAAUAGGACAAUGUGGUGAUGGUAGGACAGUGUCAGAACCUCACAGGGAGAUUUAUCCCCUUCCAUUGGGUCUCUCAGGGAUUGUGGAGAACAGCUCAAGCUCAAAACCAUACUCUGCUCCACAAUACUGUGUUAAUUUGACCACAGCGAAGAGGCAUCAGGCUGCACCACCUGGUGUCUCGCCAUACAUUCCUAAGAGACAGAGGUUGGCCACACCAGGAAAGAGAGAAGAACCAACCUCUUUGGAAACGACUGAUAAGUCCACUGUCUCCAGGCUGCUGACCGAGGUCUCUGAGCGGGUGCGUCCGUACCUGGGGACCAGGCCUGGCAGGGCAGCGGUGCCCAGGUGCAUGCAGCUCAGCCUCCAGGCCCACCAGGCUCCAAUCAACGUGAUCCAGUGGUGCCCAGUGCCCCAGCUCAGCCACCUCCUACUGUCUGCCUCCAUGGACAAGACUGUCAAGAUUUGGGAUGGUGCAGAGAGUGGGCAGUGCCUGCAGGUAUACUCCUCCCACUCGGGGGCGGUGCGAGAUGCCUGUUGGUCCCCCUGUGGGCGACGCCUCCUCACCGGCUCCUUUGACAACACGGCCAUGGUGACGGACGUGGAGACAGGACAGCAGAUCGUGAAGGUGGGGAACCAGUUCAAGGUGAUGUGCUUGGCAGUGCAGCCCGACGACCCUGAAGUGUUCCUGUGUGGGGGUUACAGCUCAGAGGUCAAGGCCUGGGACGCCCGUACCUGCAAGGUGGAGAGGGUGUACAGGGCACGGAUCCAGCAGACUCUGGCCAUCCUGUUCCUGACUGGGGGCAGGGAGUUUGUGACCAGCAGUGACUCGGUCAGCCGGGACUCUGCCGAGCGCACGCUCAUUGCCUGGGACUUCCAAACCACCGCUAAGGUCUCCAAUCAGAUCUACCAUGAGCGGUACACGUGCCCCAGCCUAGCCCUUCACCCCCAGCAGGACUCCUUUGUAGCGCAGAGCAAUGGCAACUACAUGGCCCUAUUUUCUUCCCAGCGGCCAUACAGAAUGAACAAGAGGAGGCGGUACGACGGACACAAGGUAGAGGGCUAUGCGGUGAGGUGUGGCUUCUCUCCGGAUGGGUCCAUACUGGCCACGGGCAGCUCCACAGGCUCCGUCCACUUCUACGACCAGCAGAGUGCUCGGACGCUGCACACGCUGCUCGCACACCAGCAGGCAUGCAUGUGUGUGUGUCUGCACCCUGUGCUGCCCGCUGUGGUGGCAACGUGCGACUGGGGUGGCGAGCUCAGGAUCUGGCAGUGAUUGGCACAAAGAAGGGGAGGAAUUAUAACACCCAGACACUACAAACAUCCAGGCAUCCUUCCUAUCCGAGCUGCCGGAGAGAAAGGAAACUGCUAAGGAAUAUUUCCAUAAGGCCAAUUGUGUGGCAAUUUACUCUUCAUACUGAAAUUCGCUUCCAUUCAAAUACAUACCUGUUGACCAAACUGCUGGCAGUUGUCUAUUGCUUAGCUUAUAUCAUAACUUCAAUCAAAUGUCAAGGCAAAAAUGUAAAAUUGACUUGUUUUUUUGGUACCAUAGCUUACUCAGGAAUUAUUGUACAGGAUUCUCACUCACAUUGUAAAUGAACGACGUGAUGACCCUGUUUGUCACAACUAUAAUAAAAGUAGUAACCUAUUCUACA